AUGACACCAGAGCAGUGUGAAUUUCUUGCUGGCAAUGAACUAAUUCAAAUUACGCCGCAGUUUAACCUGGACAAGCUGAAUCUAAUUAGCGGUGACAUUGGACCAUUUGAAGCUGGCAUGCCUGUAUGGGUACCAAUUUGGGUGGCAGUUACUUUAAGGAAGCGUCGGAAGUGCACGAUCAUUCCUCCAGAAUGGCUAUGCGUGGAUGAAUUGAAGAAGCUUGUGACAGCCGAAAGUGAGAUGAAGGCUUUUGGAGAAGUGCCACGCUUCUAUUUGGAAAUAGCACACAUGUUCAUUGAACAUGCCAAAGAAGAUUUGCCGAACAGUGACAUGGUACGAAUAUAUAUACAAGACUUAUGGGAUAAACGCUCUGCAAAACUUAACAAUUCGUCAUCUAAAUUUUUGGGACAGGCUGAGUCGUGUCAUGCAAGGAUGGAUAAUAUUACACCGAUCGAAGUGGCAUAUAUCAAACGAUCACUAAUCACAGCUACUCGUGAAAUUGAAGAGCUUAAUACUUCAUAUCAAGAAUUAUUAUCUAGUCAAGGAAGUAGCGAAAUAAGAUACGUUGUAGCUUAA